UGGUGUGUCGUUGAAAAAAAAGUUGAUGUGUCUGCUGUGACCAGAUUGGGAAGCUGGUGUCUGGAAUUGUGUCCUCCACCCUGCUGGCUCUUUCUCCUCAGUCAGAGCCAACUCGUGCGAGCGAACACCAGCAUAACAAGACCUGACUGACUUUACUCCUCUUAUAACCGUAUUUGGCAUUUUAUUCCAAUUUUAGGCGUUUUUUUUCCCCCCCUCCCUGCUUUGGACCAGAUCGGGGCUUUUUGCAAGGACAGAAGAUGGUUCCAGUUAAGCUCCUCAUACUUGGAGCUGCCAACACAGGAAAAACAGCCUUGUGCGUCCGCUUCAUGACCAAGCGCUUCAUUGGCGAGUACGACCACAAAAAAGAGAUGACCUACAGGUGCAGCAGGCUUGUGGACCAGGAAGCUGUUGACUUGGAGAUCUUGGACUCAGCUCGUAAAGAGAGCUGCGCGUCUUCACUGGAGGCCUCCAUCCGCUGGGCAGAUGGUUUCCUGCUGCUCUACUCCAUCACGCACCGCCACAGCUUCCUGGAGGUCCAGCGUCUCAAGAGACUCAUUGAUCAAACCAAACAGAGUCUGGUUGUCCCUGCAGUUCUUGUAGCCAAUAAAGCAGACUUGGAAAUUGGCAGGGAGGUGACAACAGAAGAAGGACAGAGACUCGCCAAUGAUUUAAGGUGUGGUUUCAAGGAGCUGUCGGUGGCCGACGCUGUGUUAUCUGUGGAAGCAGCCGUGUUUCAGCUCAUCAGGCGGGUGUUGGACCACCAGCGGUCUCUGCCGGACCGCCGUUCCUACAUGCUGACCAUGCGUCACGCUCUAACCAAGAAGCUGACCCGCUCUAAAACCAUGCAGUGGUGACCUCAACCAUCAUACCUUCAUAUUGUCGUCAUAGGACAUUAUGAACUGAAGACUUCUGCAUGAGGCCUCAUUGUAAGGAGAUCCAGGUUUGAAUCAUAUUGUGCUUGUGUACUUUUUAACUGAAGCCUUCUGGGAUAGGCUCCAGCUCACCCACAACCGUAUAAGGUAUAGGGGUGGGCGCAUCUAGUCAAAUAUGGACAAUACCAAUUAGGGCUGCGAAUCUUUGGGUGUCCCACGAUUUGAUUCAAUAUCAAUUCUUGGGGUCACGAUUCGAUUCAAAAUCUUUUUUUUUUUUUUCGAUUCAACGUGAUUCUCCAUUCAAAAACGAUAUUUACCCGAUUCAAAACAAUUCUCUAUUCAUUCAAUACGUAGGAUUUCAGCAGGAUCUACCCCAGUCUGCUGACAUGCAAG